AUGCAACCGUCGAACGAGGUAACAGACUCACAUUCAGAUGAAGACAUACGUCCAUCCGCCGCUGACAACCAGGCUGCCAAACGAUGUGACAGUCCUGCUGAUCGAGAUGCUUCCAUGGAAGCCAAGCUGGACUACAGUACCACCGUCACGAGCAACAAACGUUCGCCUGCUGUGCAUGAAUCAUGGUCCGAAACAGGAUCUGAUUAUCCGAGCCCAAAACGUUCCAGAACUGCAGAUAUUCCUCCGGACUUGGUCGAGUCUACACCGCGAAGCAGUGGAACUCCGUUGAUGGAAGUCAAUCCUCCCAAAAGUACCAUUCCUCAAAGUUUACCACUCAUUUUGUCCAUUGGUAAUCCCGGCAACAGUAUUAUGAGUCCUCAGUCUGCCUCACAAGCAUCAUCCACAAUCACGGUCUGUCCACAAACUUUGAAUUCUACUGCAACCACAUCUGUAUCAUCGAGCAGCCCGUUUAUCGGUCAACUAAUCCCUUUGUGCGGCCUUUCUGAUAGUCUCCUAUGCGGUGUGUCUUCUGCCUUACUGACCAAUGGAACGAACUCAACAACUUCCAGUUUGACAGCACAUUCAUUGAUGGGUAAUACCCUUUCUUUGCCAGUCCUGGAUGCGCAGACCGCGUUCACCACACCGGUUUCGGGUUCCACAUGGCUGUUGACCAACCAACCAAAUACAAUCACAGCGCACAUGACAAGUGGUCAAAGUCAUCUUAAUCAAUUGCCACCCACCGUACUCGUUCCGGUUCCAGCCGCGCUAGGCGCUGAGAAUUUGUUAGGUGCGGCUGCAAGACAUCUGGUCACUUCAUCAGCGGAUACCAACGGGGGCACGAUAUCUGCCAAUCCGCCCAUUCAUAGCAGCACUGCUGGUCAAAGUAGCACGAGUGCCGCUACGACCACAACUAACACAAUCAUGAGCACAAUUACCAAUAAUACAGGCCUGAACAGUCUACGCGUCUCCGAUGUGCUGGAAGCAUUGAAAUCGUUUGCAGCCGGAGGGAAUCUAGCCGCUUCGAUCAGUUUACCAGUAGCCGGUGCUUCAACCUCACCGGUGACGAGCACCGUGUCUGCUUCCAGCACAGGAACUACCCCAAGUUUCUUCGGUUUCUCCACCCCAUCCCGCAAUUCCGAUCUCCUAUCUAUUUCCGGCGGGCCAAAAACUAACCUGAUGACCCACGGGACUACAGUGAUAAAUCCUGGCGGAUUGACACUUGUCAGCAGUAACAGUAACACUACUAGCAAUAACAGUGGUGGUAACAAUAACAGUACAUUUUCAACCACCCAGUUGCCUGCAGGAACCCAUGUCGUUUCGGCUAGUGGGUUACUCAGUCAGUUAGCAAUGGCAGCCGCAGCAGUAAAUGUUUCCACCUCAGAACCGAGCAACAAAGCGACCGAAUCCACUGGUGCAAUCAAUGGACUCACGGCCACUGUGAUUCCAACGGGAACUCCCGAACAGGCACUCGACAUGUCGGUAAGAUCUGGACUGAUCUCUCUGAAUGCUCUAGCUCCGAUGAGUAAUGGCACUUGGCUGAGUAAAUCAACUGACGGGAAUUCAAACUCUCCACAGUUGACGUUAGCUCUAGAUACGGUCGACGGUAAACCGAUUCGUUCAGACCAAACCACUGUGCAUGGUGUAAUGGAAGCACUCAAUGCGGCACUGAAAGGAAGUCUUCAGAAAUCUACCAGGCUUACCAUAUCGUCGGACGGAACUGCAGGUUACCAAACUACCGGGGACGGCGAAUCCGGUGUUUUGGAAACUGGAUCGCAUCUGAUCUCCGGUUCCACUAAAAACCUCAUUACUGCAAUUGAUCCGGAUCAAGUAUUAAAUACAUCAGGUUUGUUGAAAACGACCACCUCAGGAACCCAGUCUAUCAUUGUUCCGUUCCCAGCGUUAAGUCUCUCCUCAACCGGCUGCAGUACGCCUGACCUUAUGACCGAUCCGGAAAGUGGGCGCUCUAGUGUAUCCCAGUUAUUACCGCCACCGCCACCACUACAGUCAGUACAACAGCAGCAGCAGUCGAAUACGGUUAUCACUGCAAGCACAUCUGUGGGAACAGUGUUAACUAAUCCAUCCAUCAUUUCAACAAGCCCUAUGCUUGUUGGUCCAUCGCAAUCGCAGCUCGUCAAUUUGGCUCAAUUGCAAGCUAUUAUGGCAGCUCUAGCCGCCGGGGGAACCAUGUCUAUUCCCACACAAACAGUAUCUGUUGGUAAUACUAGCACUGUAAGUGGAGCAAUCGCAUCCGCGUCCGCAUUGUCCGGAUCAGCAGUGCAUGCUGGACAAACACAGACCACCACAUCCACGACGAAUGGAGAGUCUGGUUCGAAUUCGACUCAACUUGGUGCGAAUCAACUACUGAUGAACCAUCAUCCAAUCACCUCCGCAAACACUUCGCCUCAUGGUGCCACUGUUGAGUCCACUGGAUCGGCGGCCAUGCUCGUACCAACGCUGAACUCACUGAACAGUGUAUGUGGUCUCACUUUGACGACAAAUCCCGUUGGUCUGAGCACUCCAGUAUCCACAUCUGGUGCGGCUAUCACAAGUGCUCUCGGUAACAGCACGUCAUCUGUCGGUGGCUCCAUGCUAACCGGUCAGACAGCAUCGUUGAAGGGUAUUUCAUUACCUUCCGUUGAUGUUCAGUUGGGCUCGGCAACUGGUUUGGUUAAUGGAACGUUGAAUGUGUUAGACUCCAACUCCCAAGCCCUACUUGCUGCGGCGGCUGCCUCGGGACACAUGGGUCAUGUGGCACUAGCCAAUCUCCGAAGUUCACAUGGUUCUGCUGCCCUCCGGCCUAUAGGAACCGCUCCGAAUGGACCGGUGAUUGGCCUUUUAGAUCCCCGAACGGGAUUGCAAUUCAGUGUGGCUACCACUACUUCGGCCUUGCUAGCGACUCCUGAAUUGGUGAGCUGUUUGCAAAGAGGUGUGUACACUUCCCACCCUACUGAUGAUAGUUCUGCAGGAACCACCCGAUUAAUAGAAGUACCAACAGCUUCGACUGUUACAGCGAACCCUGCGACCACUUCAACCAUUGCGACAACCACCAAUAUUACAGCAUCUUCAUCAGAAGCCAAAACUAGUAGCUCAAACAUAAUGAGAUCGGUAACAAAGCAAUCUGAAGUAGAUUCCGUAUCGCCGUACGAUAGUCAUGGAAUGGAAGAAGACUGGGACACGAUUGGCCCCAGUGACGAUACUGUGGCCGUCCAAGUCAAUCUACAAUCAAUCUAUGCCGGUAUAAAGUCUGAUCCCACAUCAGGUUCUUCACUUUCCAGUCUCAAUCCAACCAGUCUUCUACCGGCUUCUGGUACUGGAGGUGGUGGUGGAGGAGGUGGAAGUACACGUCGUCAUACUGGUUCGUCACGCAACUCCGGUUUAACUGGGAGCAGUCGACGCAGCGCAAAUACGUCUGGCGAUUUAGGUGGAACGCAUCAAGGCAGACCGCAUCGGCAGAAUUUCACACCGACGCAAAACCGUAUUCUGACCGAAUGGUAUUCAAAGCACAAAGCUAAACCGUACCCGUCCACAGAUGAUACCAAGGAGCUGGCAACCAUUUCCGGAUUGAGUUAUUCUCAAGUUAAAAAGUGGUUCGCUAACAAACGCGCUCGUUCUAGCUCGAGUGGAUUUCCCAAACCUACCCCACCAUUGGCUCCAGACUCGUCACCGGAUCCCACCGCAGCAAAGGCAAUUGUCGCUGCAGCUAUGGCCGCCGCCGCCAGCUCCAGCUCCGGUUUGGACUCAAAUGAACGAUCGGCAGCAUUGCAACCUGCUUUCUUGAUCGCCUCACAAGCGUUGACUUCUGUGGCCGCCAGAAUGAGUGGUAGUUCAAUAGAGGUGGACGAUGAUGAACCCGAAACAGCUCUAGAAACAACCGAUGUAGACGAGGGUAGUGCAGCGACCGAAAAUCAAACGCCACAGCGUGCAAGUUCUUGUGUUGGUGAUGCAGUCACCUUGCUCUCAGUCAGCACAGAAGAUGAAGAACUACCGCUGAUGGUGGUCAGUGAAACAUCGGCUCCAAGUGUAUCCUCUACGAAUAAAGAGACUUCCGUGGCAGCACCGAUGGACGAUAUUUCCGCCACUAAUGAAGUGGAAUGCGUCACAAGCAAGUCGGAUGUACCCUCCGAUGAGGUUACACCGGUUGGAUUGAAGUUUACGAGAGGGUUACAGUCGGCAAGUUCUAACUCUGAAUCCCCGGUCGCCUCCCCGCCAACAUUAGAAGUCCCGCUGAAAUCGAGUAGAACACCUCCUGUGAAUGGAUUCUCAUCUGAGAAUUCGCCCACAACCGAAGUUGCUGUGGAGGAUCUGCUUGAGACAAAAACAAGUGAUUCCGAAACAAGCAGGACAGAGUGUGAUGAGCAAACAGUGUCUUUGAAAAAUUCCAAAAGUCUUCGAACCCGCGGAGUCACAGUACACGCAAGCUAG